GUUCCAGAUUGACAUCCCCUUGACAUGGGUAUUCUGUCAUCAGCGCCAUUUCCGAAUUUCCGAUUCACUUUUUUGACACAAUUUUGUAUUGCGUAACACCGGCUAAAUAAGUGAUAACUUGAUAAUUCAAUCUUAAGUCAAUUUGCGCCGAUACUUUUGUGCAGUUAUUUACUUUUUACCCUGUAAAAAUGUUCUCCACCGGUCCAAUACGUAAUCUCAUCCGUGUAACCACUGCAUGCCGGCAGGCGCACACUCUACCAGAUCUUCCCUAUGGGUAUGAUGCAUUGGAGCCCAUUAUUAGCCGGGACAUUAUGAUUCUGCACCAUUCUAAGCAUCAUGCAACUUAUGUUAACAAUCUAAAUGUUGCUGAAAAGAAGCUUGUCAGUGCUCAGAGUAAAGGCGACGUUGACACCAUAAUCAAUCUGGGCCCAGCCAUCAAAUUCAAUGGUGGUGGUCACAUUAACCACACCAUUUUUUGGCAGAACCUUUCUCCGAAUGGCGGUGUACCCGAUGAACUAUUCACCAAUGCUGUUCAAAAUGCUUUUUGUAAUAUGGAAACAAUGAAGUCGAAGUUGUCAGCAGCGGCUGUGGGGGUGCAGGGUUCUGGAUGGGCUUGGCUUGGGUACAACAAAGAUACACAAUCGUUGCAGAUCGCUACGUGUGCUAAUCAGGAUCCGCUACAAGCUACCACAGGCUUGGUUCCGCUACUUGGUAUUGACGUAUGGGAGCACGCCUACUAUCUGCAAUACAAAAAUGUCCGUGCUGACUACGUAAAGGCCAUCUUCGACAUUGUCAACUGGGCAGACGUUUGCCGCAGAUACCAGGAGGUUGAUUGCCAAAAAUAACUUAUCAAAAAUUUUGACCACAAUCUCAGCAUUAACUGUUUAGAAUAGUUAACGCUUUCAAACACUCAGAUUCAUUAUAGUAAACGGCGCUGUUAUAUUUGUUAUUAAUAUUUUAAGUUUAAAAUUUACAUUUUACUCUAUUCCUUGUUUUCACUUUGCAAACCUUUCUCUUCCUC